AUGUUCACCCCCAAAGCGGCCUCGAACGGCCAGACGGAGCAUGAUGACGGCUCUGACAAAACGAUGCCGCUGCCAAAGGAGGAUGUGCUGGCUUCAGACGACAUGCCAGAGAAGGGUGAGACGGUCGGAUCCAUCGAGUCGGAUGAGUUACAGGUGCCGGUGCCGGCUCAUACUACCGAGGCAGCCCUGAUGCGCCGCAUCGACUUCCGCGUCGUGCCCUUCCUGUCUCUGCUGUAUCUGGUCGCCUUCCUCGAUCGCAUCAAUAUCUCCAAUGCCCGCAGCUUCGGCCUCUCAUCGGACCUGAAGCUCACCGGCGUCCAGUACAACACCUGCCUCACCAUCUUCUUCGUGCCCUACGUUUUUUUCGAGAUCCCGUCCAACUUGCUGUUGAAGCGCUUCUCACCGCGCGUCUGGCUCAGCAUCUGUGGCAUGGGCUUUUCUGCCUGCACCGUCUUCCAGGGCCUGGUUCACAGCUACGGCGGCCUGCUAGCCUGCCGCUUCUUCAUGGGCGUCUUUGAGUGCGGCAUGUUCCCCGGCUGCUUCUACCUGCUCGGCAUGUGGUACCGCCGCGCGGAUGCUCAGCGCCGCUACUCCUUCUUCUUCUCGUCGACGUCACUGGCUGGCGCAUUUGGCGGUCUGCUAGCCUCGGCUAUUGGAAAGAUGGACCACCUCCACGGUCACCGCGGCUGGCGGUACAUCUUCUGGUUGGAGGGAGCUGUCGGCUUCGCGAUCUGCUUUGUCUUCCUGUUUACGUUCCCGUCGUUCCCGGAGCAGGCCAAGUGGCUGCGCGAGGACGAGCGCGCCUAUAUUCAGGCCCGUCUCAAGGCUGACCAGGGUAACAAUGCUGCGGAGCGCAAGAUCACCCUGCGUGAUGUGGGUGUGGUCAUGCGCGACAUCAAGGUGAUCCUGGGUGGAUUCAUGUACUUUGGGCUCAUCGUGCCCGCCUACGGCUAUGCAUUCUUCGCGCCGGCCAUCAUCAGCACCUACCACUACGGCACGAUCCAGACACAGCUGCACGCCGUGCCGCCAUGGGUCUGUGCAGCUGGCCUGUCGAUGAUCGUGGCCUUUGCCAGCGACCGCGCCCGUCACCGGUUUCUCUUUGUGAUUGGGCCCAUCUGCAUCGCCCUGACCGGGUUUGCCAUGCUGCUCGCCAUCCAUGACAACGUGCACGCCGAGUACGCCGCUCUGUUUCUCAUCUGCGCCGGCACGUACUCGGCCAUGCCCGUCAUCGUGUGCUGGUACAGCAUGAAUCUGGGUGGACACCACCGUCGCGCCAUCGGCAUCGCAUGGCAGAUCGGCUUUGGCAACAUUGGCGGCAUCAUCGCCACGUACGCCUUCGUUUCGACCGACUCGCCGCGAUACACCAAGGGCUACUCCAUCUCGUUCGGCUUUGUGUGCAUCAGCGCCAUUGCGUCUUGUCUGUAUGCGGCCAUUCUGUUGAUGGAGAACCGGCGGCGUGAGAAAACGGCACGCAAUGUUGGUUUGACCGAGUACGAGAAGACAGAGCUGGGUGAUCUCAACCCCGACUUCCGUUACAUGCUGUAG